AUGGCGACCAAGAAGAAGCGUGUACGGGUGUGGACACCCGAGGAUCGGGCUGCUCACCGAGUCUUCGAAAAAUCACGACGUGAAGCUUUUAAUGACAGGUUGAUAGAUCUCGCGAAGCAGAUGCCUUCGUUGGCUCGAACACGGCGACUUAACAAGCACAUGAUUGUUGAGCAAAGCAUCGCUCGACAUAUAACCCAGAGAAAAAUGUGCUUGUCUGUUGCGCAAGAGGUUCGCCAAAUUUUAACGGAACGAGAUGAACUACUCGCAGAAGUGAACCGGUGGCGAUCAGCAAACGGA